UCUGUGUCUACAAAUCCUCCUGUCGCUCUGUCGUGUUUUGCGCCUAAAAACUAACGCAGCAUUCGAAGUCGUAGGCACGCGAUUAAGUGAAAUCGUUGAAACAGUACAAUGAUGUCGCGCGGCGCGUAGAAGUCAGAAGAAUGUCGACAGUCGAAGAGCGCAUCAAGGUGUUGCCCCGGGACAAAUUGGAGAAUUUGUUCCACAAGAGUUUGGAAAAAUGCCGGACGGUGGAGGGGCAAGCUCAAGCGUUACAGCAGGAGCAGGCGGUUGUAAAAAAGGAACAAGAAGUUACACAACCUAGUGAAAAGGAAGACAACACACAGCCGGAUGUUCAACAAAAGAACGACGUAGAUGACGACACAGCAGGGGCGGAAAACAAGGAGGCGCAGGAGCAAGAGAGGAUACACGCGGAGCAAGUGGCGGAGUUACAGAAGAAACAAAAUUCCGACUUGGAAGACCAGCGAGCGAACUGCGAACGAGAAUGCGCGUCGUUGCAAGCCUAUCAAAUGUGAAAGUGUCUGGGUCUGGAAGAAAGCAACUUGUCAUGCUGAUUUUGGAUUCUAAAAACAUUUGUAUUGGAUGAGCAGCAAAGAGAGUCCAAGUUUUGCUACACGGAAAGAGCGUUUGUCAUGCGGUAUAGGCAUCAGGAAGCCCUCACAAAAUCUGUGAUGCUAGAGCAUGCAUCACAGACAUUAGGAGUCAUGCAAAAUGUGCAUGACAAGCCUGGCAAUCUUCCAGACCCAGACAUUUUUACAUUUGAUAAAGCCUCUCUGGACGAAGUGCGGGGCCGACUGGUGGCUUCGGAGGAGGAUUCAGAAGUUGUAGACGAGGGGGGAAGCAGUGCAGUUGUACUACCAGUGGACGAGGCGGCGCUCAGCGAGGCUCUUGCGUCGCAGGAACACGAGGACUUGCGAAAACGUCUUGCGACCACGCGAGAAGGAAUCGUCGCAGAGAAACGAAAGGCGCAGGACGAACGCGCACGAAGAAAAGCAAGCGUCGAGGAGCAGCUGCGGGUUCGUGCACAGGAGGCAGAAAGGGAGCGCGCGCAGAAAAAUGCCGUACUACGUGCAGCAUCAGACGAGCGAGUACUACGUGAAAGGCAAGAUGCGGAGGAGCGCGUCGCAUUGGUAGACAAAGAGAUACAGAAACUGAAAACAGCUGUAGAAGACACACAAGAAGAUCUCCGCGCUGCAGCAGAAAAGGAAAACCAACUACAGGCUGAAGUUGCAGCAGCCGUGGCGGAAACUUCACAUCAAGCGAGCGACGAACCUCCUGCGCAGCAGCCAACGCCGCCAGCAGACAGUAACACUGCAGAAGACUGCUCAACCGCAUCGAAAAGUGAAGAGAUAGACGCACUGGAAAAACAGCAAGUGGAUUUGGAAAACCGAAUACAAGCGCUCAAGGCCGACCAGGCACAGAAGGAGGAGGAACUAAACGCGCGGAUACGAGAUGCGAGGCAAAAAGUGUCGCUCCUGGACGAGCACGCGGCGAAGAGGAAAACACUUGCAGGGGCUGCAAACUUGCGGCGGGAGCUGGAGACGAGAAGAAACUACUUGACGGAGCUGGAAAAGAAUCUUGCGGAUUUGUACUCAAACAGCACAAAGUUCGAAGCGGAGCAGACGCAAGUAGUCAAGCAAGAAAUAGCAACGCUAACGAGCGAUUGGAAGGGUCUGCUGACAAGUUCAGGUAGUGAGUAAGGUUCAGCCUCGUUUUUGCGUGCCUAUCGUGAGGUUGGUUUUUCCUUCUUUUGAAUAAACGUGAAAUUGGCAUGAAAUAUUUGAAAAUCCAGAUUCCUUCUCCGCUGCCACAACCGGGAGACUUACAAACAACGCCGAGUGGAUGGGUGCUUUGUCCUCCGCAGCGAGUAGCGCUUUCCAAAGGAUACUGGAAGACAAACGGGAGCGGGUACGCGCGCUCGGGAACACGAACAAAGUCCUGCAGGCGCAACUGCAGGAGACAAAAGCGGAGGGGAAAGCGGUGGUGAGCGAGUUUUCGGAGAGCCGGAAAGACACGGCGCAGAAUGCGCUGGACGAGCUGGAAAAACUGCAGAAGGAGGUGGAGGACCUGAAGAGAACCAAAAAGAAAGAUGUGGAGUUCACGCAAAAGGAGCAGGAGAAGCUGCAGAAGUACGAAAAAGUGAUCCAGCAAGCGGACGCCAAGCUGAAGGUGAACCAGAAAAAGUGCAGUGCGCUGAAGGAACAACUCCAGAAGCAACAAGAGGAGCACGUGGCGGCGCAAAUGGAGCUCGACCGCGCGAAGCACGCGGGACAGGAGCUGGACUUCGAUCACGAGGAAGUGCUGGCCUGCGUCGAAGUGCCUGUGCGGGGGACAGCAGCUAGUGCCUCAUCUACGUCGAGUAGUACUACAAGACCGAAAACGCCGACUGGGUCCGUGGGAGUUCUUACGAAAAACCCGGCGAAAAAUUCAACAUCGAAAAAUCUUCAGCCAGAUUCUGAAAUCUGGUGUCUGCUGAAACACCAAAGCAAAAAUCUCGACAAGACCAGCACGGCCAAGGACCUCGCCUACAAGCAAAGCAAAUGUUGGUGGCGACUGCAGCAGCUCGAGGAACUGCUCCCGAAAGCCACCAGCACGACGUUCCCCGUGCCCUUGCAAACCCAGUACCGCCAGUUGCUGGAGAAGCAGGAGCAGCGAGUUUUGCAAGUGACGGAAGUAAGAAAGGAGCGAGAGAAGUGUCUCGAGAAUCUCCGUGCGGAGUACCAAAAGUACAAAAAGAAAGCGGACACCGUGGCAAAACUGCAACAGCAACAAACGUCCUCGUUCUCUUCAUCUUCGGAUGGAGCAGGGGGUACAUGCACUUCCGAGCAGAGUCUCAAACCCGAGGAGAGCAUGGCCAAGGGGUUGGAGAAGCUACAAAGUGAUAACGCGGAACUGCGUUCGCACAUCGCCGCGGUGAGCAAGGAAAUUCGGGAAUUGCAGCAAGGCAACACGCUGCACCACCAAACUGUGGGAAAAAUCCGCACGGAAAUUCUUCGGAUUUGUGACUCCCUGGCCCAGAAGUCCACGCAGCAGACCAGCUUCGAGAAGAAAAAACAGUCGAUCCGGCAGGAAAUUCAGAACAAGGAGGAAGAGCGAUUUAUGCUGGAGAACUACGCGGUCGAGCUAUCAAAAGGAAAAAUCCCCCCUCCCCAUAUCAAAACGGAAUUUCUGAUGCUGGAUUUGUGUACACAAAUCAGCUCUGUAUUGCAGAGAAGCGCUGCGGCCAGAUCCCCAGGCUAGGUAGCAGGGACGUUUGGGGCUAGUUGUUCAGCAUGGCAAACGGCUCCCCUUUAGUCCCAAGAGCAUGACAAAUCGCUUCCAUAAUGGCGCGAAAGCUUCUGCCCUUGUCUUCUUGCAACAGAAAUGUGAUUUGUGGCCUCAAAUCAGCAUCGCAAAUUUUCGGAAGCAUACCUUGUUGAUAUGGGGAGGGGGGAUUUUUCCUCACGAUACGAGCAGAAUAGCACGCGCAAGAAGGCGCUGGACCAGGAAGUGGAUAUCUUGCGCACGCUGGAGAAAAACCUCCAGGUAGAAAGAAAAACGCUGCAGGAGAAACUCGCAAGCCUGUUGGAAGAAAGGCGUGAACAGAACGAGAGAACGACGACGGCAAGAAAGGACGAAAAGGAUGAUGGAAAAGCAGUCGCUGGCGCCGAAGAAGCGGGGAAAAAAGAGAGUUUGGAAGGUAUUAGGUGUUAGAGUGCAAGAGCAGCUCCAUCAACUUCGAACCAUGCGUAGAUUCUAAACUACUGCACUUCGUCUUCGCAAUGGCAUCCAUUGGUUUUGGUUUCAGUACAGGUCGUUCGAUUAUCCAUGUUUUGCCUGCGCACGCCGACAUGCAAAUGCAAUUUCAAAAUGUGAUGAACGAACCACACUCAUAAACAGCUCCGCCGGAGGACGCAGGGAAAAAGCUGCAGCUUCCGCUCGGCGUGAGCACGAACUCCAGUGCAAUACCGCCGGAACAUCAAACAAAGGGCCCUUCCUUUCUCCCGCCCAAUCGGAUCACCACGACAUCCGGCGGCAGUAGCACGACGCAGUCGACGGCACCGGAGCAAGUAUAUCAGAACAACAACUUGGAGGAAGUCCUCCGGCAGCCCACCGUCGCUUGGUCAGACCUGAUGGAGCUCCGCGCGCUCAUCCGCCAAUACGAACAGUGCUUGGAGCAUAUUGAGGGGAAAAAUCCCCCCUCCCCAUAUUGAAAAGGUAUGUUUCCGAAAAUUUGCGUUGCUGAUUUGUGACCACAAAUCAGGUUUGUCUUGCAAAAAGACAAGUGCAAAGACAUCCGCCCAAUUGUGAAGCGAUUUGGCAUGCUGUUGGUUCUAGGGGGUAGCCAUUUGCAAUGCUGAACAACUAGACCUGAGCGCUCCCACCUAGGCUGCGGAUCUGGCCGGAGUGCCUUACUGCAAGACAAAUCGGAUUUGUGUACGCAAAUCAGCAGCAGAAGUUCCCACUUUGAUACGGGAAGGGGGGAUUUUUCCUUUUGAUAGAGCAGGAGAAACGGGACGAGGACUUGUUGCGGCAGCAGAACGACCACCUGAUUUUCCAGCUGCAGGAGAUCUACUCAACUACGAACUUGCAGCAAAACAUGAGCGAGCAGAUAUCCUGAGUAAAAACGUACCCACACCAGAGUCAGGAUGGGGAUUUUGCAACACAAACCUAGGAGUUUUGGGAGUCACGCAUGACAAGUUGCACUCCGCAGUGUAGUGCAGGUUAGCAUGUGCAACCGCGUCACAGAUUCAUCUGCUCAUCCUGUUCACAGCAUCACAAAUCCCAAAACACGAUUGGAAAUGGCUUUCAUGCGGAUGCGCAUUACAAGUCUUCCUGUCUUGGCAAAUCUGCAUUACAACCCUGGUGUGGGUACGUUUUUACUCAGGAUAGCAGACGCAGCUGGAGUACAUCCGGAACGUGUUUCGGCAGUUUCUGGAUUUGGACGAGAACGGCUCCAUAUGCAUUGCAAAUAUGUCUGGGUCUGGAAGAAUGCAAGUUUGUCAUGCUUGCCUGGCAUGACUCAUAAAUCUGUAAUGCAUCAGCAGGAAAACGAAAAGGGCCUCUUGCCUGUCAUGCAAAAACGCAGUUUGCCAUGCGGAAAACGACACACAGUAGCAGUUGAAAAAAUUGUCAUGCUUCGCUGCCGAUUGCAGUCCCCCCACCAGUCACAUUUUAGCAUCACAAGUUUCCAGACCCAGACACAUUUGCAUUUGAUACUCCAGUUCGCUGUACCAAAACCUCACGUCUUCCCUCGGCGGGUCGCGGAGUAGCUCCGCGGGAACCCUGCAGAAGCUCGCGGAAGAACACGAGCAGUGCAUCCCGGUUCUGUUGAAGUUCCUGGAGUUUGAUCUUGUCGAGCAGGAACAAAUCCGGCAAAAACGCGCAAAGAAAGCCGAGAGUUCCUACUACCAGAACGCUGCGAACGAGACGGCAAAAAUGAUUACCAAUUUACGCGGAUGGCUCAGGUUUUGAUUCAAUCGAAACGAUAUGAGUAUAAAGCGAAAAUAAUGAGUACAACUUCAAAGCGCGAACUUGUUGGAU